CCGUGGACAAAACACGCUCUCACCGGGAUUUGUUUCUUUUAUUCUCUCGGAGCAAGAGCCAUAUAACCAACCCUGGGAUUCCACCGCUCUUCUAAGUCGCCUUUCGUGUUCUGCAUGUGUGCUUGUGUCAACCAAAAGUCGGAUUAGCCUUAUUUCUCAGCCUUGGAGUUUCCGGACGCUGUCUCAUAGAACUGUACUUCGUGCUGUUUCUUCUUCCCCUCAACCAACCCCCCAUCUCCCCAAAAGAGACCAUCUGCCACCACCUUCCUCUGGACCCGUCGGCUCUUCCUGAUUUCCCCGGACCUCAUUUGGCCAUUUGGACCCGUUGCCUAUAAUUACAUUAAUACUGGAGACCGUAUCCUGGAACAAACAAAAACAAAAAUGACUGGCCGUCUUGGAUAUGAGGGGCGCCCGGAGCGUCAAAACGAAUACUUCAUUCCUGGCGAUGGUAUCAGCCGGGAAGUCAUCCAAGCAGACAUUUGCCGUUACCUUGGAAAUGAUGCGCUCGUAAGACCUGGAAACCACAAUGGUCGUCAGGGUUAUUUCAUUCGCGCCUACCGGAAUCUCACCUCUGAAAUGAUUGCUGACCUCAAAAAAGACUCGGCUCGGUGGGAGGCCGAUGUUCUACGUCGGGCUGACCAGGGCUAUCCCAGAGGUAGCUACCAACAAGAAUUAAGCUAUUCCCAGGCACCCAGCAUGCCCGCGGCGUCCUACCCGGUAUCUGCCAUUCAUGAAGGACGUCAGCAGGGAGGCCCAUCCCCUCCACCUGCCUACUCAGCUCCUCCCCCUACUCAGCCAUUCCCGGUGGAUCCAUAUGCACAAUCGUACCAGGCGACUCAGAGUCCCCCGUACCCACCUGCAUCAACUUACACCGGCCCCAACCAUUCACCCUAUGGAUCUGCCCCGAACCCCUACCCUAGUGGUCAGAUCCCCUACACUACUUCUAGCCAACCUCCGGUGACUGCGGAAAUGCACCCGUCGUCAUACACGUAUGGCCCUGGCUAUAUUUAUGAGAAUGGAAGGAGCAAUGCCCCCAGGUAUCCCGGGCCUGGCUAUGAAACCGAACAGGACUAUUCUCCAGUUACUACCGGGAUCCCUUACCCUACUACCACAGCCCCGGACCCUCGGAUAGGAAUGGAUCCCAGAUACACUCCUGAGGCAUCAUACCCUCCGGCAGACCGCAAUAGGCCACAACCAGCCAGAGGCGGGGAAGCCCCUCGCCGGACUAGGUAAAGAAAGUCAAUGUCUGCUUUCUACGGGCGUAUAUACUAUGAACCCUUUGUCCUUAACAGUCUAUAUCGUACCUGGGAUCUUGCAGAUAUAUCCACACUUCUGCUUAUCCUCAGAGCCCUGAAGGACCACUCUUCCUUUCUUUGCGUAUAGGAACAUGAGACCGGAAGGAAAAGCGUGCAUCAUCGUUUGUCGGAAACAAUUUGCAAC